AGUAAAAAAACCAGAGUUCAGGGCAUCGAGAACUUCACUGGGGCUAUUGCGCAGGCUCUGCGUUCCACGCAGGCUUAUUAGGAAGAAAGGAGAAAAAAAUUUCCCAGAGACACGUGAAACCGAGGAGGCCAACCCCGGCCUAGGCUCUGCACCGCAUCGGAUUCUGGAAUUUACAAUCACGAAAGUUCUAUUGUCCCGCGAUUGGCUCCGGGGCCGCAUGACAUCAUAGCGCUUGAUUCAUCCCUCGGGUCCCGAUUGGCUGGCCGCGCCAUUGUGACGUCACGGUCAGCCCACGUUCUGAUUGUAGACAGCCGGCGCCUUCCUCUUCCCAUCGCGGCGGGUCCUAGCCACCGGUGCUUCUUUCUACAUCCUCCCCUGCUCCGACUACCACCAGCGCUCCCGCCGCCGCCGCCGCUGCCGUCGCCUUGCUGUUGCUCAAAGCUGCUGCCGCCCUUCGGGCUAAAAGGUUUUAAAAUGGAACAUUUUGAUGCAUCACUUAGUACCUAUUUCAAGGCAUUGCUUGGCCCCCGAGAUACUAGAGUAAAAGGAUGGUUUCUUCUGGACAAUUAUAUACCCACAUUUAUCUGCUCUGUCAUAUAUUUACUAAUUAUAUGGCUGGGACCAAAAUACAUGAGGAAUAAACAGCCAUUCUCUUGCCGGGGGAUUUUAGUGGUGUAUAACCUUGGACUCACACUGCUGUCUCUGUAUAUGUUCUGUGAGUUAGUAACAGGAGUAUGGGAAGGCAAAUACAACUUCUUCUGUCAGGGCACACGUACCGCAGGAGAAUCAGAUAUGAAGAUUAUCCGUGUCCUCUGGUGGUACUACUUCUCCAAACUCAUAGAAUUUAUGGACACCUUCUUCUUCAUCCUGCGCAAGAACAACCACCAGAUCACGGUCCUGCACGUCUACCACCAUGCCUCGAUGCUGAACAUCUGGUGGUUUGCGAUGAACUGGGUCCCCUGCGGCCACUCUUAUUUUGGUGCCACACUUAAUAGCUUCAUCCACGUGCUCAUGUACUCUUACUAUGGUUUGUCGUCGGUCCCUUCCAUGCGUCCAUACCUCUGGUGGAAGAAGUACAUCACUCAGGGGCAGCUGCUUCAGUUUGUGCUGACAAUCAUCCAGACCAGCUGCGGGGUCAUCUGGCCGUGCACAUUCCCUCUUGGUUGGUUGUAUUUCCAGAUUGGAUACAUGAUUUCCCUGAUUGCUCUCUUCACAAAUUUCUACAUUCAGACCUACAACAAGAAGGGGGCCUCCCGAAGGAAAGACCACCUGAAGGACCACCAGAAUGGGUCCGUGGCUGCUGUGAACGGACACACCAACAGCUUUUCACCCCUGGAAAACAAUGUGAAGCCAAGGAAACUGCGGAAGGAUUGAAGUCAAAGAAUUGAAACCCUCCAAACCACGUCAUCUGAUUGUAAGCACAAUUAUGAGUUGUGCCCCAAUGCUCGUUAACAGCUGCUGUAACUAGUCUGGCCUACAAUAGUGUGAUUCAUGUAGGACUUCUUUCAUCAAUUCAAAACCCCUAGAAAACCUAUACAGAUUAUAUAAGUAGGGAUAAGAUUUCUAACAUUUCUGGGCUCUCAAUGACCCCUGCGGUAGACUGUGGAAAGGGAGUAUUAUUGUAGUAUACAACACUGCUGUUGCCUUAUUAGUUAUAACAUGAUAGGUGCUGAAUUGUGAUUCACAAUUUAAAAACACUGUAAUCCAAACUUUUUUUUUAACUGUAGAUCAUGCAUGUGAUUGUAAAUGUAAAUUUGUACAAUGUUGUUAUAGUAGAGAAACACACAUGCCUUAAAAUUUAAAAAGCAGGGCCCAAAGCUUGUUAGUUUAAAUUAGGGUAUGUUUCAAGUUUGUAUUAAUUUGUAAUAGCUCUGUUUAGAAAAAAAUCAAAGACCAUGAUUUAUGAAACUAAUGUGACAUAUAGUUUCCAAUGACUUGUUGAUGUGAAAUCAGACACGGCACCUUCAGUUUUGUACUAUUGGCUUUGAAUCAAGCAGGCUCAAAUCUAGCGGAACAGUCAGUUUAACUUUUUAACAGAUCUUAUUUUUUUAUUUUGAGUGCCACUAUUAAUGUAAAAGAGGGGGGGCUAUAAAGCAGUCUUGAUGAAACUUAAGUAUAUAUUCUUUGUCCUCGCGAUUUUAGGAAGGGUGGAGGGUGAGUAGGCCAUUUUUAAUUUCUGAAGUGCUAAGUGUUUUUAUACAGCAAACAAAAAGUCAAUUUUGCUUUCCACCAGUGCGAGAGAGGGUGUAUACUUUUCAAGAGAGAUGAUUGCCUAUUUAUCAUUUGACAGAGUCCCGUAGAUGAGCAAUGGGGACUGGUUGCCAGGGUCUAAAUUUGGAUUGAUUUCUGUACUGUUAUCUGUUUUGACACAGAUUUCCUUGUAAAAUGUGCCUAGUUUACCAAAAUUAACAAAGGGGGGUGAGGAAAGGACUUUAAAAAUGUUCAAGGUAAAAUCAAGUAUAGCUACAGCCUAAGAGAAUCGAGAAAUUUGAUAGAGGUAACUUGUUUAAUGUAAAUCUAAUAGUACUUGUAAUUUCUUUCUGCUUAGAAUCUAAAGAUUUGUUUAGAACCUCUUGUUUAAAAAUAAUAGACUGCUUAUCAUAAAAUCACAUCUCACACAUUUGAGGCAGUGGUCAAACAGAUAAAGCCUAUGAUGUGUGUCAUUUUAAAGUAUUGGAAUUUAGCCUCUGAAUACCUUCUCCACUGGGGGAAAGAUAUUCGUGGAACCACUCAUGACAUAUCUUAGAAGGUCAUUGACAAUGUAUAAACUAAUUGUUGGUUUGAUAUUUAUGUAAAUAUCAGUUUACCAUGCUUUAAUUUUGCACAUUCAUACUAUAGGGAGCCUAUUGGUUCUCUGUUAGUCUUGUGGGUUUUCUGUUUGAAAAGGAGUCAUGGCAUCUGUUUACAUUUACCUUACAAACCUAGAAUGUGUAUAUUUAUAAAUGUAUGUCUUCAUUCCUAGGUACUAAUUUGCAGAUGUCUUUACAUAUUUCAAAUACAGAAACUAUAACAUUCAAUAGUGUGCUGUCAAAGUGUGCUUAGCUCACCUGGAUAUACCCACAUUGUUAAAUGUCUAAACAGUAAUCAUUAAAACAUUUUUGAUUACCUGU